CUGCUGUAUACGACGUGUCAAUACGCGCGUGAACGACAACUGCGUUCUUCACGAGGGUCACGCAGAACCUGGAGUCGAUCCCAGGGAACAUCGGGCACAAAGGUUAGUGGGUGCACCCUGGACAGGGUGCCAAUACAUUUGAAAACAUAUUUUGUUAAAAAAAAAAAAAAAAACUAUACAUUGUUUUGAUAUGUUGGUUAUUAAUUUGUGAUGGAUUUUAAGUCUACCCAUGUUGGAGAAAAUGAAGGAUAAAUGAUCAAAUCUUUAAGUUUUUUCCCCUAAUGAGGUAUUUGUCAUAUCUCAAAUCUGCAGUAAUGAUGUCAGUGUCUAGCAGUAAUCCGUUUCCUGGAGAAUCACAGCCGACGUUUUUGAGCGCUUUCAGUAAAGUGUCCCAACCUGCCAGGACCAUCCGCCUCCGUGACAUCUACAACCCUCAGCCUCCACCUCAAAGGAAACCGGUGGCAAUAAGACCCCCGAGUCCUCGUUCUCGCCCUCAUCCUUCUCAGCGUCUCACCCGCCGGAGCUUCUCCUGUGAACCUGAGCCGAGAACCAUCAUGAGGAGAAGAGCGCACUCUCUCCCUCCUUCAGACGAGACGACGACUCACAGGUACUCGCAAGUCCGAUUCAUCGACUGUUUGGGCGUCGAGCUGGAACGUGUAAAGUUUUUCCAGGCCGGCGAAGACCCCACAGUUCCAGAUCACGUCAUAAACAGGUUACUAGCCAGCUCUGAGCUGGCAUAUGGGAAACAUUUAGAAAUCUCCCUGCCGUUCUUUCAGCCGUUUUUCCCCGAGAACAUUGGCAGCGAGCCUGAUUUCCUGGAGCGUCUAUAUCAUCGGCGUGUUUGCCUCGAGCAAGUCCACUGCUCGGAACUGGGGAUCAUUGGAACAGUGCAAGUUCUUAACCUGGCUUUUGAGAAACAGGUCAGCGUACGGUAUUCAUUCACAGACUGGAAAAGCAGCACUGAGUGUAAAGCAUGCUGGGUUUCUACUGUGCACCGAGAUCAUGUGGAAUCAGAUGUGUUUCACUUUCGCUUGCCCGUGCCACCGUUCAUCCUCAAACCUGGAGCCAGUCUGGAGUUUGCCAUCUGUUACCGCGUCCUCGGUACUGAAUACUGGGACAACAACGACGGACAUAACUACAAACUGGCCUGCCAUACUUACAAGCUGAUCGUGCCUAAGGAGUGCGAGGACAGCAUGGUGCACUUCACCUAAAGCCAUCAAGAGCUAUAGAAUUUCAUCCUAAUUUCAUCACGCUCAUUUUGUGUCAACUGACUCAGAUUUGUAUUUAUUUUUGUACAUUUGAAUGUUAAUCUCAUGAUUUAAUCCUGCACCGAUGAGGUUUGAUACUAGGUUCUAGAUUUUAAAAGAGUUCUGCAGUCGCAUUCAAACUCAUUGUUUCAGCCCUUUCUGUUUACUGCACAUUACAUUUCCCCUUUUUUUUUUUUUUUAUAGUUGUAGCAGUUGUCGUUGUCAUUUCCUCUGUGUGACUUCACUCAUGAUGAAUUCGGGCUUUCUCAGCUUGCAAACACGCUUCAGGAAUUUAAUCACUCAUACGUCAAUGGCUUGUUGAUGGUUUUGUCUAUUUGUGUUGUACAAUGUAUCUAAGGAGGUUUUCCAAUAGAACAAUAUGUACUGUGUAAUAUGUAUGUGUAUUUGCAAAGUAAUUUUGUGUUUUAACUUUUAAGUCUUUACUUAUGGGAGCACUAUGGGGUCAUCCAGGGGAGCACAAAAUGGCCGUGGUUUCUAACAUAACUCUCUCUCCCCUGUCAAUCAAAGAAACAAUAGCCAGUCAUGUGUCAGCCUUCAUCACUGUUAACUGUUAUAUGAUAGGGUAGAUCUGGCUGGGGGGUGGGAAGUGGCAGGCAACAAAAUUGGGAGAGAAAUACCAUUUUUACCAUGAAAAACGCUACUAUGUAGAGGUUCCCUAUUAGAGACGGUACCAAAUUGAACCCUUAACUACUGAAAAGUUCCCUUUUCUAUGUGUGGAGUUGCCAUUGCUUUGUUCAAUCUUCUCUGGCCUCAAAUUUACCCAGAGUGCUUUUGUUUUACGAAUAACUUUUGUAAAACUUUUCUGAACUCCUGUAUUUGUGUCUUUUCACCACAAGGUGGUGCUGCUGUGUAUGCUGGGUUGUACUAUUAUAUAAAAGAUUCCAUCUAGUACCCAUUUCAGAUUGUCCCUCAGGUGGAAUCCUAACUUUUUUUUUUAAACCCUACAAUAGAGUGUUUCUCUUUCAAAAACGUUCCAUGUAGAGCCCAUGACCUAACCUCAAAGUCUAUAUAAAUGUACAUCAGGCUUGUAAAUGUGAAACUUUGUUAUAUCAGUAAUAAUUUAAUUUUUUUACAUGAAAUUCUGUCUGAAAUCAUUGUACUUUGAACCUUUCUGAAUACGUUCUUCCUAACUGAUGCUACCUUAUCAAAGUGGGAAAAUGUUUUAUGUAGAACUCCACAACAUUUAGAAAGCUAGAACUGCUAACCAGCCAAAGAACCCAUGAAGAACCUUUUAGUAGACUUUGUAGAACCUUUAUUUUAAUGUUUUAUUUUUGUUUGUUUGGUUUUUUUUUUUAAGUGAAAUGAUAUGUAAUGGGAUUGUACUUGGACCCUUUUUGAAUUAUUUCUUUCGAGAACCCUCUGUUGUACAGUUCUAAAGAGGAAUAUUAAGGGUUUUCGCAGAGGGACAAAUUAAAAAAAGAUCCCUUUAAGUUUCUAGAUGGAACCUGUAUAGCAGUUGAGAUGACCUAAUUAAUAAAUUUUAUUUUUUUUUAAACUCACUAAGUACCUGUCCUAACGGUUCUUUGGUGUCCCUUGUAUAUAGUGUAUAUUUGGGAUAACUGUUAAGUGCUACAGGUUCCUUCAAGCACCCAAAAGGAAUCUCUGGUUUGUCUGUUUAAGGGUUCCCAAACAAAAGGGUGCGGUGAAACCUGAUCUGAAGAUGUGAAGAUGACCUAAUCAAGUUUUUUUUUAAUCUUUAAAAUGCCUGUAAAUACAUGUACACAUGAAGGUUCAAUGUGACACUCUAAGGGUUCUUUGGGUUUUUUUAUUUGUGGAAAAUAUUUGAUAUAAAACCUUUAGGGUGUCACAUUGGACCUUUUUUUUUUUUGCUAACAGUGUACAUGUACUUACAUGCAUUACUAUAAUUUCUUAAUUAAUUAGGUACAAUUACUUUGAUUAAGUCGUUUUCACUGCUACAGGUUCCAUGUCGAAACCCAAACGAAUAUUUGGGUCCCUCUGAAGGAACCCUUAAUGGGACAAACCAAAGAUUCCUUUUGGGUGCUAGGUGGAACCUGUAGUAGUAGUAGUGAAGAUAACUUCAGGGUGUAAGAAUAAUUCAAUUCAAUUCAAUUUCAAUUCAAUUUUAUUUGUAUAGUGCCUUUAACAGUGGACAUUGUCUCAAAGCAGCUUUACAGAAACAUAUAAACACAGGAUACAGAUUUUAAGCGUGUGAAUUUAUCCCUAUUGAGCAAGCUGGUGGCAACAGUGGCGAGGAAAAACUCCCUAAGAUGAUAUGAGGAAGAAACCUUGAGAGGAACCAGACUCAGAAGGGAACCUAUCCUCAUCUGGGUAACAACAGAUAGUGUGAAAGUAAAGGAAAGUUCAUAAUGGUUUUUAUAUGAAGUCUAUUUCGUUGAACUAGUCCACUGUUCACUAAAGGAGACCUGAGUGUAAAACUGCAUGUGGUAAUUGCAGUCCUAAGGCCAUUGCAGCAACCGUAGUCCCAGCAACCACAGUGAGAAUGUCCAUGUGGAAUAACUCUGCUUCAUAUCGGGCCACAUGGUUGAUUAUUUUCCUAUAACAGGAAUAAUCCCGUAAUUACAUA